CGAAGGGUAAAGGGUCGGAGUCACAUGGAUACAAAGCAUUUGAUUAAUGUCCAAGUCACCGCUGUGGCUGCCGGAGCCGCCUCCCCUCCAGUCCCGGCAGAGUGAGGCCAGAGCAGCGGGGCGGGACGCGCAGGUCCCGGUGCACAGACCAAUCUCUUGGGAGUUUGCUCCGCAGAUCCCCGCGCCUCCGGAGCCCGAGGUCCAGAGGGUGCUCCCCUGCCCCAGCCUCGCUCCAGCCUCUCCCCAGCAUGUAAAGAGCGGGGUCCCUAUUUGGACUUUGCGGAGACAGCAACUUUCCUUCCUCGCCGCCCAAGCCGGGGCAGCAGCGGGAGCGCGUAACGCGGCCUGCCAGCCCCGCAUCCUGCCGCCACCAUGAGCGACGAGUGCCGCGGAGACGGUCGCGCCGAGAGCGCCAAGGACCUGGAGAAACAGCUUCGCCUGCGCGUGUGCGUGCUCAGCGAGCUCCAGAAGACCGAGCGGGACUAUGUGGGCACGUUGGAGUUCCUGGUGUCGGCAUUCUUACACAGAAUGAACCAGUGUGCAGCCUCAAAAAUUGAUAAAAAUGUAACAGAAGAAACAGUAAAGAUGCUGUUCUCAAAUAUUGAAGAUAUCCUCGCAGUACAUAAAGAAUUUUUAAAAGUCGUGGAGGAAUGCUUACAUCCAGAACCUAACGCUCAGCAGGAAGUGGGAACCUGCUUUCUUCACUUUAAAGACAAGUUUCGUAUCUAUGAUGAAUAUUGUAGUAACCAUGAGAAGGCACAAAAAUUGCUUCUUGAACUUAACAAAAUAAGAACAAUCCGGACUUUUCUUUUGAACUGUAUGUUACUUGGAGGACGAAAGAAUACAGAUGUUCCCUUGGAAGGAUAUUUAGUUACACCAAUACAAAGGAUAUGCAAGUACCCUCUUUUAUUGAAGGAGUUGCUGAAGCGGACGCCAAGGAAACACAGUGACUACGCAGCAGUGAUGGAAGCCCUCCAAGCCAUGAAAGCCGUCUGUUCCAACAUAAACGAGGCCAAGAGACAGAUGGAGAAGUUGGAAGUUUUAGAGGAAUGGCAGUCUCAUAUUGAAGGCUGGGAGGGAUCCAACAUUACUGACACCUGCACUGAAAUGCUAAUGUGUGGAGUCUUAUUGAAAAUUUCUUCUGGAAAUAUUCAAGAACGGGUGUUUUUUCUUUUUGAUAACCUUCUGGUGUAUUGCAAAAGAAAACACAGACGGUUGAAGAAUAACAAGGCAUCUACAGAUGGACAUCGGUAUCUUUUUCGUGGCCGAAUCAAUACAGAGGUGAUGGAAGUGGAGAAUGUCGAUGAUGGCACAGCUGACUUUCACAGCAGUGGACACAUUGUUGUUAAUGGAUGGAAAAUACAUAACACAGCAAAAAAUAAAUGGUUUGUGUGUAUGGCAAAAACACCUGAAGAGAAGCAUGAGUGGUUUGAAGCUAUUUUGAAAGAAAGAGAACGACGGAAAGGUUUAAAGUUAGGGAUGGAACAGGAUACCUGGGUAAUGAUUUCUGAGCAGGGUGAGAAGCUUUAUAAAAUGAUGUGCAACCAAGGAAACCUGAUCAAAGACAGAAAAAGAAAACUGACUACGUUCCCUAAAUGCUUUCUUGGAAGUGAAUUUGUGUCUUGGCUGUUGGAAAUUGGAGAAAUUCACAGGCCUGAGGAAGGUGUUCACUUGGGACAAGCAUUAUUAGAAAAUGGAAUCAUCCACCAUGUGACUGAUAAACACCAGUUCAAACCAGAACAGAUGUUAUACAGAUUUCGCUAUGAUGAUGGAACAUUUUAUCCAAGAAAUGAGAUGCAGGAUGUGAUUUCAAAGGGUGUAAGGUUAUAUUGCCGUCUACAUAGUCUCUUUACUCCAGUGAUAAGAGAUAAGGAUUACCACUUAAGGACCUACAAAUCUGUGGUGAUGGCCAACAAACUGAUAGAUUGGUUAAUUGCACAGGGGGAUUGCCGCACCAGGGAAGAGGCAAUGAUAUUUGGCAUUGGACUCUGUGACAAUGGAUUUAUGCACCAUGUCCUUGAAAAGAGUGAAUUCAAAGAUGAGCCCCUCCUUUUCCGGUUUUUUGCGGAUGAGGAAAUGGAAGGUUCAAAUAUGAAACAUCGACUUAUGAAACAUGAUUUAAAAGUUGUGGAAAAUGUCAUAGCUAAAUCAUUAUUGAUUAAAUCCAAUGAGGGCAGCUAUGGUUUUGGUUUAGAAGACAAAAAUAAAGUUCCAAUAAUAAAGUUGGUAGAAAAGGGGUCUAAUGCUGAGAUGGCUGGCAUGGAAGUUGGAAAAAAGAUUUUUGCUAUUAAUGGUGACCUAGUUUUUAUGAGACCUUUCAAUGAAGUGGAUUGCUUUCUGAAAUCAUGCUUAAAUAGCAGAAAACCACUAAGAGUUCUUGUGAGCACAAAACCAAGAGAGACAGUGAAAAUACCAGACUCAGCCGAAGGACUAGGAUUCCAGAUCCGAGGAUAUGGCCCAUCAGUUGUGCAUGCAGUGGGGAGAGGAACUGUGGCUGCUGCAGCGGGUCUUCACCCUGGACAGUGUAUUAUCAAAGUAAAUGGAAUCAAUGUCAGCAAGGAAACACAUGCCAGUGUCAUUGCACAUGUGACAGCCUGCAGGAAGUACAGGCGACCCACGAAGCAAGACUCCAUACAGUGGGUGUAUAAUAGCAUUGAGAGUGCUCAAGAUGACCUUCAAAAGUCUAACUCCAAACCCCCAGGAGAUGAAGCAGGGGAUGCUUUCGAGUGCAAAGUAGAAGAAGUAAUUGACAAGUUCAACACCAUGGCCAUCAUCGACGGGAAGAAGGAGCACGUGAGUCUGACCGUGGAUAACGUCCACCUGGAAUACGGAGUGGUGUAUGAGUAUGAUAGCACAGCUGGGAUAAAGUGCAAUGUGGUGGAGAAGAUGAUCGAACCCAAAGGUUUCUUCAGCCUCACUGCCAAGAUUCUUGAAGCCCUGGCUAAAAGUGAUGAUCAUUUUGUACAAAACUGUACCAGCUUUAACUCUUUAAAUGAAGUAAUUCCUGCUGAUCUUCAAAGUAAAUUCAGUGCCAUUUGCAGUGAAAAAAUUGAGCAUAUACGUCAGAGAAUAUCCAGUUACAAGAAGUUUUCUCGUGUGCUAAAGAAUAGAGCUUGGCCCACAUUUAAACAAGCCAAAUCUAAAAUCUCCCCACUGCACAGCAGUGAUUUCUGUCCAACCAACUGCCAUGUCAAUGUGAUGGAAGUUUCUUAUCCCAAAACAUCAACCUCCCUGGGGAGUGCAUUUGGUGUUCAGUUGGAUAGUAGGAAGCAUAAUUCUCAUGAUAAAGAAAAUAAAUCUUCUGAGCAAGGUAAACUGAGCCCUAUGGUGUACAUUCAGCAUACAAUUACAACCAUGGCAGCCCCUUCUGGUCUGUCUUUGGGACAGCAGGAUGGACAUGGUCUCUGGUAUUUGUUAAAAGAAGAAGACUUGGAAACUCAAGAUAUCUAUCAGAAACUACUGGGCAAACUUCAGACUGCCCUGAAAGAGGUGGAGAUGUGUGUUUGUCAAAUAGAUGACCUUCUGUCUUCGAUAACAUAUUCUCCAAAAUUAGAACGUAAGACCUCAGAGUGCAUAGUUCCUGUAGACAUUGAUAAUGAGAAAGGAGAACGAAAUAGCAAACGAGUCUGUUUUAAUGUAGCAGGAGAUGAGCAGGAAGAUUCAGGUCAUGACACCAUCAGCAACAGAGACUCUUACAGUGACUGCAACAGCAAUCGGAAUUCCAUCGCCUCCUUCACCAGCAUCUGCAGCAGCCAGUGCAGCUCAUAUUUUCACAGUGAUGAAAUGGACUCAGGUGAUGAGCUUCCGCUAAGUGUUCGCAUUUCUCAUGAUAAACAAGACAAAAUACACAGUUGCCUGGAGCAUCUUUUCAGCCAGGUGGAUUCCAUUACCAAUCUCCUAAAAGGGCAAGCUGUUGUAAGGGCCUUUGAGCAAACCAAGUAUCUUACACCAGGUCGAGGAUUACAAGAAUUUCAGCAGGAAAUGGAGCCAAAGCUGAGCUGCCCAAAAAGGUUAAGGCUUCACAUCAAGCAGGAUCCUUGGAAUCUUCCCAGCAGUGUUCGGAGUCUUGCUCAGAACAUCAGGAAAUUUGUUGAAGAGGUAAAAUGUAGGAUACUCCUGGCUCUUCUUGAAUAUUCAGACAGUGAGACACAGCUCCGAAGAGACAUGGUGUUUUGCCAAAGUCUUGUGGCCACUGUGUGUGCCUUCUCUGAGCAGCUCAUGGCAGCCUUAAACCAGAUGUUUGACAACAGCAAGGAGAAUGAGAUGGAAACUUGGGAAGCCAGCAGAAGGUGGCUGGACCAGAUAGCGAACGCAGGUGUUCUUUUUCACUUUCAGUCACUUCUGUCACCAAAUUUGACAGAUGAACAAGCCAUGCUAGAAGACACAUUGGUUGCCCUGUUUGACUUAGAAAAGGUUUCCUUUUAUUUUAAACCAUCAGAAGAAGAACCACUGGUUGCUAAUGUUCCUCUUACAUAUCAAGCAGAAGGAAGUCGGCAAGCUCUGAAAGUUUAUUUCUACAUUGAUAGCUAUCAUUUUGAACAGCUGCCUCAACGGUUGAAAAAUGGAGGAGGGUUUAAAAUUCAUCCUGUUCUUUUUGCACAAGCACUGGAGAGCAUGGAAGGAUAUUAUUAUAAAGAAAAUGUUUCUGUUGAAGAAUUUCAAGCCCAAAUAAAUACAGCCUCGUUGGAAAAGGUCAAACAAUACAACCAAAAGCUCAGGGCAUUCUACUUAGACAAGUCAAACUCACCACCAAACUCCACAUCCAAAGCUGCCUAUGUAGAUAAGCUCAUGAGGCCUCUCAAUGCCUUGGAUGAGCUUUAUCGACUGGUAACCGCAUUUGUCAAGUCCAAGCGCACAGCUGUGUGUGCAAACACGGCUUGCAGCGCCUCUGGAGUUGGGCUGCUGUCAGUUUCCUCGGAGCUGUGCAACAGGCUGGGUGCCUGCCACAUCAUCAUGUGUAACAGUGGUGUGCAUCGAUGCACCCUGAGUGUGACACUGGAGCAGGCCAUCAUUUUGGCCAGAAGCCAUGGACUGCCCCCUCGCUACAUCAUGCAGGCUACAGAUGUGAUGCGAAAACAGGGUGCAAGAGUUCAGAACACAGCAAAGAAUUUGGGAGUCAGAGAUCGAACCCCACAAUCCGCCCCAAGGCUGUACAAGCUGUGUGAGCCACCUCCCCCAGCUGGAGAAGAAUGAAGAGAAUCCCCAAGCAACCAGGAAAUCAGAAACUUCUGAAAACUGGACAAGACAAACAUGCCGGCUAACCAUUCUCAACUCAUGAUAAAUGAAUUUUUCUCUAAACCUCUCACUAUGAUGUAAAUAACUAAUUUUCAGUUUGUGCAUGGAUAUUUGUGCUGGAAAUGUAAAUGCAUUUAAAUAAUUCAACUACACAAAUUGAUCUAUGAAUUCACAUUAAAUGUUCCUUUUUAGGGUAAAUUUCAUCCCUGAAAUUUAUGGAAACAUUAUCAGAGAUAAAAAACAUUAACCAUAUUGCUUCCUCUCAUUUUUUAAAAUUAUUUUAUUGUGUUGUCUUCUCCUCCACAUCAGAACAUGUAUUUAUGGAUAUUUCCACUUGAAGAAGUGGGACACUGAAGAAACAUGGUCAUGAUUUCCAGAUCAUCAAAUAAAAAUGUUACAGACAACAUGGAUUAGGUGCUGUAGACUUUCAGCCUCCCACUGGUAUCAGAGAGUAGUCUGUGAAUGGAAAGUGAGAACACACUUUUUUCUUUAUUCUAAGGGCAGAGUUCUCAGUAGUGGAGGCUCUCGGCAAGGCCUUCUUUCAGCUUUGAGGUAUCUUAUCUUCUCAUGGACAGUGAGAGUAAGUCAAUGCUGUCAUUGGUCUCUGAACUGGGCAGGACUCCUUGUGCCAUGCACACCAGGUGUACCAGAAGGAGAAGUGAUGGGAAGAGGCAGGAACAGGGGGAGGUAUGGAAAAGACUAGGGUGAGUUAUGACAUUUAACUUAGAUGCCUAAAAUUUGUACUUUUGUUAAAAUUUUCAUUUGAGAUACCAGACCCUUAAAAGAACACAUUAUGCUUGAACAGUUUUCUAUUAUAGUAUAUUUAUCUAAUAUGAAGAUAAAACUUUAUUUGUUGGUCUUUAAAAGGACUAUUACGGACCUUAGCAAUUUAUAGAAGCACAGACUGUAUCCUCUUUUCAUUCUUAAUUACACAUAUAUGUUUAUUAUUUCUGUGUCAAUAAAAUAACAUUGCGUUAACAUACUAUAUAUGGUAAUACUGACUUUAAUACACAAUUUUUAAGUAAUUAAAUGCCCUUACUGUGGUUGUGAUAAUUACAUGAAUUUAGACUAAUUGAGUAUGCGAAAUGCUUUUCAUAACUAAAAUAUAUGCAAAUUACUAUUAAAUUUUAAUUUAUGAAAUUUGAUGAUGAUUUUCAAGCUUUUUUCAAAACCUUUUUCACUAGUGCAUUGAAUAACAAAACUGUUACAUAUGUAUCUGUAAGAUGUUUAUAUACUGAUCAAGGUAAUAAUAAUUGUUAUUUUAGCAGAAAAGCACAUUUUUGUGAUAAGUCCAUAACCAUAAUUAAAAAUAAAGAAACCAACAUCAGAAUUUUCAAAAAAAAAAUUCAACACAUUUAGUUUAAUAACGUUUUGCCCUUAACAUAAAUAUCCAUAUUAAGCAUAUACCUAACUAGCAGGGAUUCAUGAUGGUAUCAGCAGGUGCCUCUGCACGUCUGUUAGUAAAUUGUGAUUUUCCUGUCUGAAAAUCCUGUGUUUGUGUUCAAUGCAGAUAUGAUGAGUGAACAAAAUUGAUGAACUAGAAAAUGCUUUUCAUAUCAUCAUUACUAUUUUCUAAUUACCAUCCUGGUAGUAGUAAUCCUCAUUACAAGCGCUAAGAGGAACAUUCUAGUUGUACUUUGCUGUGUGUCAUGAGGGAAAUGAUCUGCUAAUGUGAUAUUUAUAAAUUAGCAUAUUUUAAAGCAUUUACUUUUCUAUAUAAUAAAAUGUGCUUUAUAUUACUUUAAGGAUUAAACACACAUGUACCACCUUUCAGAUUGCUUGGCAUCUAUUAAAUGCUCAUAAUAUAGGAAUGAUUUACAUAUCAUCAGUCACUGCCCUUUUUUUGUUGUUGUAGUAUAAAUUGUAGCCACAAUAACUAUGUACCAGGCAAUGCAAGAUUUCAUCAUCUUCUGUUGUUACUGCUUCAUUUAAGCCUCAUAAUGAGUUCAAGGUGGUGCUCUUUCCACCAUUCUCAGUUUACAACUGAGGAACUGAAGCCAUGAAGGGCCUCAUGGCUUACCCAAGAACACAAGACUGACAAGUGGUAAAAUCAGUUUUUGAAGCCAGAAAGUCUUUCUUUUAACACAUUGUUUUUCUUCUUAUUUCUGUUUAAAUUGUUAUAAUAUUACAAGUUAUAAGUAUUGUUGGUAUUAUAUAGUCUGUUUUGCCUUUUCGUAAUACAUUACAUAUUGAAAAUAUAAAAGUGAAGGGAAAUAUGUCAUUAUUUUACUAUUAAAAUAACAAUUUCCUGGAUAUUUUACAAUUCUGGGUAUACAUUUCAAGGAAAUCCAAUGAUAAUGCAAUCUGAAAAAGUAUGUUUGUUAUUGAGGAAAACAAUUUUGGAUAUUUGUUGGAAGUCUGGAAAUGUACAUCAUGUAAUUUUGACAGUUAUUCUAAAACAUUGGGAACAGUAAACAGAUGUCGCAUGAAUGAAUUUUUCAAUCCAUACUAUAAUGUACCUCCAUGUGAGACAUUAAACAUUUAAGUAUGAGCAAUUUGAGAAGAGUGGAAUUUUACAUCUGUUUAUUUCCACUACUGUUUGGGAAGGAAAGAAAAAAAAGGAAUUUCUGUUUUACUUACAUUGAAAAAAAAAAGAUG